AUGGCGAAUCUGCAGGAAAGUGGGGCCGUUUUCGACUUCGAUGAUAGACUGGGUCUAGUCUUCAUCGUACAGGCGGCGGCACUAUCGGUACUGGCUAUCACAUCUCUUCUGGCAUACAUUACUUAUAGCGCUGUCACAAUUCGAAUAGGUGCUACCCGCAGAUGGUCGACGGACACUCAUGUUCAUUAUUAUUUCCUAAAUCUAAUGCUCUUUGACCUCAUUCAAGCAAUCGGGGGGAUGUUCGAUAUCGCGUGGAUUGAUGCCGCUGGGAUAUACCCCGGCACCACUAUCGCCUUGCACACGAUGCAGGUCCUGGUAUUCAGGUGGAGUACCCCUCCAAAGGCAGCGCUGCUUGGCUCAGCUGUCAUAUGGGUAAUCGUUGGGCUGAUGGUUGGGAUACCGAAUAUAUUGAUUGAUAGUUUCUAUGGACCCACCGGGCAUUGGUGCUGGAUCGAACGUAACAACUUCCAACGAAUAGGUCUUCAAUACAUGUGGAUGUGGCUUGCAGCAUUCAUCACUAUCAUUGUUUAUAUCUUCCUUGCUCUUGUGGUCAAACGGAUCAUUAGCGUUGAUGGAUACAAGAUUCGGUGGACGUCGCCUGAGACCCGGAGUGUCACCCCGUCCGAUAGUUCUGACCCCAGACAACGGGGGGACGAAGGAGCCAUCGCGCUACGAAUGCUCUUUCAGUGGAUUGUCCCUGACCUUUACUCUUCCAGCUACCCUGCGGUCUACAUUGUCACAGUAUUGCCUAUAACUGCUGCCCGCUUCACACAGUUUCAUACACAGAAAGUCCCGUGGGGAGUGACGGCUUGGGCAGAUACCCUUCUUCUCUUGUCGGGAUUCUUCAACACGAUCCUAUAUACGCUGACACGCCCAAAGCUCCUUCCGCAUAGACGUCGGUCGCCCUCGCGGGUUGUUCUAACAUCAACGGGCUCAAAUCCACAAUUUGGUAGGACUAGCCGGUUUCAAAACCACAAACACUAUCCUUUUGAUACAAAACCUGAAGAAGGAGAGCUCCCUGCUAUGAGUUUUGAACUUGGAGAACCACAGCGCUCCUCUCUUGACUGUGGGCAUGGAGUAGGAAAACCCAAUAGCAAUCAGUCCACUGAAGUGGUCACGGUGGCAGUGUAUUUGCUAAGUGCCUCUCGCAGACUGACUCGGCGGUCUCCACAACCCCGUCAACACAGGACACUACCAUGGGGUCGAGCCAGUCAAUACCCAAGGUCACCGCUCAUGAUCGAGCGAUUCUCGAGUGCGUGGGCUUUCAUGAUCUCUCAGCCAAACGGUAACGCCCAACAGGUGUAUCUGUUCCGUAGUCUCAAACUUCAGCGCGAUAAGCUAAAGCAGUACCAGAAGAAGAUACAGGUUGUGCUCGACCGCGAGCAUGAAAUUGCGAAAGCCCAUCUCGCUACCGGUCAGAAGGACCGUGCCGUCAUAGCCCUCCGAAGGCGCAAGUAUCAGCAGAGCUUGCUACUGAAGACUGACAGUCAAUUGGAGAACUUGGAACAAUUAGUGUCAACCAUUGAGUUUUCUUUGGUCGAGGUUUCUGUCCUUCACGGUCUCAAGCAAGGCAAUGAAGUUCUUCAAGAAAUUCAUCGCGAAAUGAGUAUUGAGAGUGUCGAGAAGCUCAUGGAUGAGACGCAAGAAGCGAGAGAGUAUCAGCGAUCCAGGCGGAGCUCUUAG